AUGUUGGGCAGACUUUUACCCGGUCUCUGUAUGCUCGCGUUUCUGAUGACUCAAACCGCGGCAACACCAUUCGGCAUGUUUGAUCCCCAAGCCGAGUACAUCAAUUUUAUUCGAGUCGAUAAUGCGUUGGAGCGAUGCAUCCAAUUGAUCAGUACUCAAUCUACACAUCGAAUGGGAAAAUUGAUGCGAACUCCAAACCUUCCCGGAACCGGUGCAUUUAACCACAUGGAACAGUUACGUAAAUGCAUGCUGCAGGAAUUUGCCGACAAAGUACCAUCCAAUCGUUGGAACAUGGUCUGA